CUUGUAUAUUCCAUAUUCAUUACAAAGUGAAGUAAAAGUUUGAUAGAUGUCUAUGAAAAAAAUCAGAACCCCUGUCGUAAAUGUUAUAAUUAAAUAUAACAUUUACGACUCUUUUGUUACAAACAAUACUAAGUCCAAUAAUAUUAAAAUUUCUCAUUGAUUCCCAAAAAACAAUUCGUUUACCAGCAGCAUCUUUAUCACAACCAAUCCAUAUCGAUACGAUAACUUUUAUAUAUUAAAUAAAUCAAGAUAAUCUAACCUUUUUAGCAAUACUUUACGAUAAAUUUGUUUGUAAAAACAAUAUAAAGAAAAAAACCCUCAUUUUAUAUAGUUAGUAUUACACAUCACUAAGUAGUUUUUAUGAGGAUAAUCUAUAAAGCUUUGAGCAAAUUUGGUCAACAAACAUAGUACCUAAGCAAUUAAGAUAAUGGUGACCAAAGUCAUGCGUACAGUGCCAUGUUUCUAGUCGCUAUCGGGACUCCACCGAAACUGGUUUACUUAAGUUCCUAAUUAUUAUUUUGAGGAUAUUAGUAUUAUUUUUAUGCGAAUAUGUCUAAUCUAUCUACUUCAUUUAAGGACGAUGCUUCCAUUUUGCGUCAGUGGUCUGAAAUGUUAGAGGCAUCCGUUAUCCGACGACCCGAUUGGAUCCUAAUUUUAUUUCUAAUUCUCAUGUCUGUAAUAUUUGUUGGUGGCGUGAUCGGUAACCUUUUGACGUGCGUCGUCAUAUUCUUCGAUAAGUCCAUGCACACUGCCACCAAUUGUUAUCUUUUCAUCUUGGCCGUAUCUGACUUAUUGGUCGCAUUUGGCAUUAUUUUAGAAAUUUUCGGAUACCUAGAGGUAUUCAAAGACUACGAAAACACACUUUUAUAUAAUAGAAGCGUUUGCAAGAUUCAUUUCUUCUUAGUGGUCACCUUAUUUAAUAACGGGAUCCUGAUUAUGACUGCAUUAGCCAUCGAGAGAUACAUCGCAAUAUACCACCCUCUUUUGCUCAACCCUAAACCAGUUUGGCGGAGGGUAAUGAAAAUAAUAAUUCUGAUAUGGACAGCGGCUAUAUUGGAAACUUUACCAGAAAUUUGGACAGUUGAUUUGAUAAAGACGCAGUCGUUCCGGAUGUGCUUCCCGUUGCCAUCGACUUUUGCUAGAUGGCUUAAUAGUGUGCUGGGUGUGAUUACUUUCAUAAUACCUCUUAUAAUUAUGACGUUCGUGUACACAGCUAUUGCUUUCAAAGUGAAUAUGAUUCCAAGGAAGACUUCACGGGAUAUCAUAUUUAACCAACGCAAUAAUAGGAGUAAAAUAAACAAACUGGUCGGUAAGUUACGUUGUUAGACUGUGUGCUUAUUUCUGGAGAUAUUUAUAUGAAAACGUACAUUUUAAGAUCGUACUCU